GUCAGUGUCAAGUCAUUGAAAAUUAUAACUUGUUACUCUUGUUAUUGUGUAUAGUUACAAAAUAUUUUAAAUAUCUUAUUACAAUAUAUAAUUAUAGCCAUGGCAAAUUCUAAAGACGAGCCAGCUUUCCUUGCUCAUCAGUGUUAUCUAAAAAAAGACUACGCAGGUGCAAUGCAACAUUUAAAUGAAUUGGAAGCUAUGGUCGGCAACAACAGCAGUCUCUUGAAACGAGUACAACACAACAAAGCUGUCGUUGAAUUUGCUAUUAGUGACAUGAAAAGUAUUGAUACAUUCAAAAAAUCAAUAACACAAUUUAUAGGAGUUAACUUUUCUGAUGUUGAUAUAAAAGAUUUAAACAUGCCUUGCUUGUUAUACAAUUACGCCGUGGUACUAUAUCACUCGCGCUAUUACUAUCAAUGUGCUGUUGUAUUAGAAAAGUUAUUAACCUGUAAGAAUAUUAAUGACACUAAAUUACAUCAUAGAAUCAUACUACUAUUGCUUGAAGCUACAUUGUGUCGAAGAACAUAUGAAAAGACAUUGGAAAUAGCCAAAAAUCAUGGUGAGCCACUAAAGUCAAACAAUGAAGUGAGUGAAUUAUAUGAAAGGCUAGUUUGUAGAGCGCAGCUAUAUCUUGGACAAAAGGUAAACUUAAAGCCUGAUUCAAUUGAAAACAUUUUUAUUAUAGCCCAACAAAAGUUUGUAAACGGUGACACAAAUGAUUCAGCCAACACACUUGGUCUUUAUAAAACAAUGAAAUUUAAUUAUGAUUUAAAAACUCAAGGGGAAGAUAUUUGGGCUGCUAUUAAUAACAACCUUGGUGUUAUAUAUUUAUCUAUAAAAAAACCAUUUUUGGCCAUAAAAUAUUUUCAACAUGCCGUCAAAGAGCACUUUAGGGCAAUAGAAAGUGAGGAUAGUGAAAUGUUGAUAGCAUGUAAGGACAGACCUCUUUAUGUGUAUAAUUUAGGGUUGGCAUUGUUAGCUGCUAAUAACUCUGAAGGAGCAUUUGAGUGUUUAGUAGAAGCUGCUCGUCACUAUCCCAAUAAUCCUCGAAUAUGGCUAAGACUUGCAGAGUGCUGUGUCAAGAAAUGCUGUAAUGAAGAAGCACAACAAUUUACAGUCAAGAAGCUAGGUAGUGGACCCCAUACAAAAAUUCUUCUAUCCAAAGAAAAUAAGGAAAAGUAUUCAACAUCUGGUGAAUCAUUUGCCAUUCCUUCGCUUUCACUAGAAUUUGCAGCCCUUUGUUUGAGAAAUGCAAUAAGUUUACUCCCUGAUCAGGAAACAUUAUCUGACACAAGUAUUGCUUCAAUUCAGGCUCCACCGGGCCCUCCCAUAAACUGGAAACAAAGAUGUGACCUGAAGAAUUCAAUCUUAGUCCUUCAGAGUUAUAUAUUUCUUCAUUUGCAAGAUCCUUUGUCGGCUCUAAUGAGUGCUAAUGAAUUAUUGAAUCAAUCAGAUGCAACAACUUGUCAGAAGGCUUGGGCGCACAUUUAUGCUGCCGAAGCGUUGAUUAACUUAGAUAAAAUAACAGAUGCGGUGGAUCACUUGCAUCCUCCUAUGAUUCACGAUUUAGUCUCAAUCCUACCAUCUCAAAUGAGAGAUAUGAUUGCAGUGUCUGUUUGGGCUAAAGCUGCAGUAUGUCAUAUACUGAGGGGAGAUUUAAUUACAGCAAGAAAAAUUUUACUACAAAUCAAUUCACCUAGAGUUCUGCCACUACAAAUGUAUUUGGAAAUUUGCACAGGAAAUAUUGAAAAUUGCCAUACAAUAUUGAGAAAGAUUCGAAUUUCCAAUACAUCUUAGCCCUUUUCCUGUUUUGUGAAUCAAAUGUAAUUCAUAGAUAUUAGUCAACUAUUUUGUAUCUUGUUUAGAAGAACA